UCGCUGCGCACCCCCAUGUCUCCGGGAUGGGUGGCGGCGGCCGGCCGGGGAGGCGGCCGCGGGCACAGUAAUGGCAGCGCUGUGAGCAGGGGAACGCGAGUGACAGCCACCGCCGCCCACCCUCUUCGCCGGGGCUUCGUCUUUCAUUCCUUCAGGCUGCCUCCCCUCCCCUGUCCCCUGCCCCCUGUCCCGCUUCUGCAGAAGAGCGCUGUCUCCUAAGCCCUGCCACCCCUUGGACUGGAUUCCGGGCCUCCCCCACCUGGCCUUGGCCGCCCCUCCCUCGGCCCCAUUUUCCUCCGAAGGAAGGAAGAUUUCAACACUAAACUUGCACAAUGUCUUUGAAACCAAGAGUAGUAGAUUUUGAUGAAACAUGGAACAAACUUUUAACGACAAUCAAAGCUGUUGUCAUGUUGGAAUACGUCGAAAGAGCAACAUGGAAUGAUCGCUUCUCAGAUAUCUAUGCUUUAUGUGUGGCCUAUCCUGAACCCCUUGGAGAAAGACUUUAUACAGAAACUAAGAUUUUUUUGGAAAAUCACGUACGGCAUUUACACAAGAGAGUUCUGGAGUCUGAAGAGCAAGUACUUGUUAUGUAUCAUAGGUAUUGGGAGGAAUACAGCAAGGGUGCAGACUAUAUGGACUGCUUAUAUAGGUAUCUAAACACCCAGUUUAUUAAAAAAAAUAAAUUGACAGAAGCUGACCUUCAGUAUGGCUAUGGUGGUGUAGAUAUGAAUGAACCACUUAUGGAAAUAGGAGAGCUAGCAUUGGAUAUGUGGAGGAAAUUGAUGGUUGAACCACUUCAGGUCAUCCUUAUCCGAAUGCUGCUUCGAGAAAUCAAAAAUGAUCGUGGUGGAGAAGACCCAAACCAGAAAGUAAUCCAUGGGGUUAUUAACUCCUUUGUUCAUGUUGAACAGUAUAAGAAAAAAUUCCCCUUAAAGUUUUAUCAGGAAAUCUUUGAGUCCCCCUUUCUGACGGAAACAGGAGAGUAUUACAAACAAGAAGCUUCAAAUUUAUUACAAGAAUCAAACUGCUCACAGUAUAUGGAAAAGGUUCUAGGUAGAUUAAAAGAUGAAGAAAUUCGAUGUCGAAAAUACUUGCACCCAAGUUCAUAUACUAAAGUAAUUCAUGAAUGUCAGCAACGAAUGGUAGCAGACCACUUGCAGUUCUUACAUGCAGAAUGUCAUAAUAUCAUCCGACAAGAGAAAAAAAAUGACAUGGCAAAUAUGUAUGUGUUACUCCGUGCUGUGUCCACUGGUUUACCUCAUAUGAUACAGGAGCUGCAAAAUCAUGUUCAUGAUGAGGGCCUUAGAGCAACCAGUAAUCUUACUCAGGAAAAUAUGCCAACACUAUUUGUGGAGUCAGUUUUGGAAGUACAUGGUAAAUUUGUUCAACUUAUCAACACUGUUUUGAAUGGUGAUCAGCACUUCAUGAGUGCAUUGGAUAAGGCUCUUACAUCGGUUGUAAAUUACAGAGAACCCAAGUCUGUUUGCAAAGCUCCUGAAUUGCUUGCUAAGUAUUGUGACAAUUUACUAAAGAAAUCAGCAAAGGGGAUGACUGAGAAUGAAGUGGAAGACAAACUCACCAGCUUCAUUACUGUUUUCAAAUAUAUCGAUGAUAAGGAUGUUUUUCAAAAGUUCUACGCAAGAAUGCUGGCAAAACGUUUAAUUCACGGAUUAUCUAUGUCUAUGGAUUCUGAAGAAGCCAUGAUCAAUAAGUUAAAGCAAGCGUGUGGUUAUGAGUUUACCAGCAAGCUACAUCGGAUGUAUACAGAUAUGAGUGUCAGUGCUGAUCUCAACAACAAGUUCAACAAUUUUAUCAAAAAUCAAGACACAGUAAUAGAUUUGGGAAUUAGUUUUCAAAUAUAUGUUCUACAGGCUGGCGCAUGGCCUCUUACUCAGGCUCCUUCAUCUACAUUUGCGAUUCCCCAGGAACUGGAAAAAAGUGUACAGAUGUUUGAAUUAUUUUACAGCCAGCAUUUCAGUGGAAGGAAACUUACAUGGUUACAUUAUCUCUGCACAGGUGAAGUUAAAAUGAACUAUUUGGGCAAACCAUAUGUAGCCAUGGUUACAACAUAUCAAAUGGCAGUUCUUCUAGCUUUUAACAACAGUGAAAUUGUCAGCUAUAAAGAGCUUCAAGACAGCACUCAGAUGAAUGAAAAGGAACUGACAAAAACAAUCAAAUCAUUACUUGAUGUGAAAAUGAUUAACCAUGAUUCAGAAAAGGAAGAUAUCGAUGCAGAAUCUUCAUUUUCAUUAAAUAUGAACUUCAGCAGUAAAAGAACAAAAUUUAAAAUUACUACAUCAAUGCAGAAAGACACACCACAGGAAAUGGAACAGACAAGAAGUGCUGUGGAUGAGGACCGGAAAAUGUAUCUCCAAGCUGCUAUAGUUCGCAUCAUGAAAGCACGAAAAGUACUUCGGCAUAAUGCCCUUAUUCAAGAGGUGAUUAGCCAGUCAAGAGCUAGGUUUAACCCUAGUAUCAGCAUGAUUAAGAAGUGUAUUGAAGUGCUGAUAGACAAACAGUACAUUGAACGCAGCCAGGCUUCAGCAGAUGAAUACAGUUACGUAGCGUGAUGUUGCUGUCCUCCUGUGUGGGUGUGAGAGGAUCAUUGCCAUCACCAUUUGGUGUGUUCCUGUGGGGAAAAAAAGCAGGCCUGUGCCUCCAUAAUUUGGUCAUUCGGCAGCCCCUGUUUUCCUGCUGUUUACAACAUCACCAGUGCCACGUCAUGAGCAUCAGAGAAAAUGCCUAGAGAUAUUUCAAGCUCAUGUCAUUAUGACAUUUCUUAAAACUUUAUUGAAGAAUGAGUGAAGUAUUGCUGAAAUGUGGAAAUUUGGUUGGGUACCAUGCUUUUUCUCCCCUUCACGUUUGCAGUUGAUGUGUUUUUUUUAAUGUAUCUUAAAGGACAUAAAAUAAAAAACUUAAAUAUUGUAAUAUGACAGAUAACCUAAUAAUUGUAUCUACAUUAAAUGACAAACAUGAUAUUGCUGCUUGUCAAAUAAAAAAUAAAGAAAUAGAAUGCCUUUUUUAUGUGGAUGGAGUAUCACACUAAAUAUAUAUUAAUGUUCAUGAGUCAUCAAAGCAGUAAAUGCUGCUUUAGUUGCUUUUUAUCUGAAUGGUUUAACUCACUUGUACUCCUACUUAAAUCCUACUGAAAAAUGUCAAUUAUUGUUUUUGAGUGCAUAAAAAUGCAUUCAGCAUAAAGAAUGUUUUCUUUUUAAGGAUUGGGACUACACUGUAUAUAAGCAUCUUGAAUAUUGAGGAUUUAAUUCCUUCAGGAGUUUCUGGUGAUGUACUAUAUACCACAGAGAUGUAGUCUGAGGGAAUAUGUGGUGACUUCAAGUCUGGCAUAAGAAAGAGCCUUCAUCCAAAAAUGAUCUUCUGUUUUCAUAAUGAAUUAAUUCUAACAUAGACUAAUGCCCUAUCUCUCUUGCUUUCCCCUCUACUUUCCCCUCCACUUUUCACAGGUGUAGGUGAUCCUGUGACACCAGUCUGUUCCCUUGUACACCUGCCUACUUAAGACCCUUACACUUCUCUGAUAUUUCCAUGCUAGAUUCACUCAUAAGUCACAGCUAUGCCUAGCAAUGCAUAACCUUAACAACUUUAGAAAAAUCUGUAUGUUGCAUUAUACCAAGUGCCACUUAAAUAGACAUGAAAUUCCAUUAUUUUGUUUAUUAUACAUAUAAACAGCCAGUAUUAGAAUACUCUGGUCUAUUAUAUUUAUUAUCUAUUUAAACUAUCUUCCCAACCACCACAACACACACACACACACAGAGUUUUUUAAGCUAAAUCUUUUAAAGCAUAUUCCCACAUGAAUCACUUCACUUACAAUACUUUAGUGUAUAUCUCUUAACGGAUUAGGCUUUAACAAAAUAAUAAAAACAAAUCGCUUUUACAGUUGGUUUGUUUGACUGCACUUUUUCUAACUCAUGUCUCUUCAGUGGUUAAAAAUCUCCUGAGCUUAUAAUGACUUAUAUAUUGUAUAUUUCAUUGUACCUUUCUUCCUAGAGAGGAAAUAAUGGCAAACUGUGUAAUACUGUACAUUGCACUGUCAAAAAGCAAACCUUUGUUUUAAUAACUUGUUGAUAAAGUUUUCCAAAUUGGUUCCUUUUUUUCUUAAA